UGCGGCCCGCCCCCACGGAACGGAGCAAAGGACUAUGGCACAGGCUCAGGGUUUGGGGAGGAGAUACAUUAAAGCCUUUUUUAAAGGUUUCUUUGUUGCCGUUCCUGUAACUGUGACUUUUCUGGAUAGAGUUGCCUGUGUCGCAAGGGUGGAAGGAGCAUCAAUGCAGCCUUCUUUGAAUCCUGGGGGAAGACAAGCAUCUGAUGUAGUACUCUUGAACCACUGGAGCAUUAGAAAUUACGAUGUACAACGUGGGGACAUUGUGUCGCUGGUGUCUCCUAGAAAUCCUGAACAGAAGAUCAUUAAACGAGUGAUUGCUCUUGAAGGAGACAUUAUUAAAACCAUUGGAUACAAAAAGAAGUAUGUGAAAGUUCCACACGGUCAUAUUUGGGUGGAAGGGGAUCACCAUGGGCACAGCUUUGACAGCAACGCUUUUGGUCCUGUUUCUCUUGGACUUCUCCAUGCCCGAGCCACUCAUAUUCUCUGGCCCCCACAACGUUGGCAGAAGCUACAGCCGAUGCUUCCUCCGGAGCGCAAACCCCUCCACAGAGAGCAGGAGUGAUCUGAACCUUCAGGCAGGAAAACACUGACAUGAAGUUCAACCAGAAAGAGUUCCAGUGGUCAUACCAUCACCUGUAAGAGCUCUGCCAUGUGCUCUGACAUCAGUGUCAACAAAUACAUGUGACAUCUAAAUGUUACAAUGCCACCAGAAAGUCUUUGUGUUUCUUUUGUUUGUUUUUUCUAUUGUUUGGUGGGUUUUAAAAAUUUCCAACAUUAGGACAUUGUAUAUUAAUUCAGUUUGAAAUAAUUGGUUGUAAGAACUGAACAUUCAUUUUUUUUCUGGAAGCAGUAACAUGCUUGGCUUAUGUCUGUACCUGUGCUUCUCUGGACAAGAAACUAUUAAAACCUUCGAUAAACUAUUUUGAUCUUUUACAUCCACCUUGUUUCUUUUGUAACUGCAUGGAAAUUAUUAAUAUUGAUUGCAUGUGAAAAAAGAAAAAAACACCCAAAACUUAUAUACUUUGGAUUGGCCUAUCGUUACUAGUAAUGAGGUAUCAGUACUUCUGUCGGUGAAAAGUUUUUAAUGCAGUUUAUUUCUAUUAUUAAAUUGAGUGCAUAUUACUUAUUUGUAUUUUCUUUUUCAGGAUAAAAAUAGUUUGUUUUAUAUAAAUAUUCCCUGUUUAUCUUUCUGAAUUAGAUAUUCAGUCAAAUUGUACAAAUGUUGUUACAUUAUCUGAAGGCAAUGUUGAAUAAUUUUUUCUAGUAGAGUAAAUCUUUGUUAGUACUGAUUGCCACAUUUCUUUGAAACUUUGUAAUUAGAUAAGAAAUAUGUGAUUAAUAUUCUAGUAUAUAGUUGAUAUUAUAAAUAUACUCUGUGAAUAAGCAAUAAAGCUGCACACAUUAUAAGUGAAAAGAACUUGGAAAAUUACACAUUUUCAAUGACAAAUCAAUAUGACCCAGCCUUUGUUCAUAUUCAUUGAGUUUUACUUCACAUAGGCUAGUACUAUAAAAAAUUUAACAAACCACACAAAAGAUCUUUAAACAUUUUCAGCUAAAAACAUGCAAUUAUCAGAACUUCAGGCAAGAUUAAUAUCAGUCUACAGUUCUUUGAAGGUCUGCCUUGUGAGUUAGAUGAUAGCUUCAGCUGCUAAGAAAAUUAUCUAUUACUAUCUAACUUUCUUCUUAAAUGCUCCAGCUCUGUAGACUCUCUGAAUACUUUGUUUGUCAGGAUCUUUCUUUAUUCCAGAAAGGUGUUCUACAGGUCUCUGAAAUCUCUUAGUUAAACUAAUGCAGUUUGUUUGGGUGUUAUUGCAGUAAAUUCAGAAUUAUUCUGGGACAGAAGGAGAAUCCAGGGAAAUACAUGCCUGUGAGCCAGCUCUCAUGCUGGGGAACAUUAUGGAACAGAUUACCUUGAAUGUGAUCACAUGGCCAACCAGGGCG